GCCGCCGCCGCCGCCGCCGCCGCCGAGAGAAGAGUAGCUGAGAAAAACGCGAAACAAGAAAACAAGCCGGGACAAGUUCGCUUUCGUUCGUUUGGAUCCGUGUGAGUUUUGCGCGCUGACCGCAACCGGGCAAUUCUACACUUCACCGCUGCAUCCUCUCUCGAUGCAUCCCGAGUGCUUGCCGAGGCGAGUGGUGUUCUUCGGAUCUCCAGUUCUCCAAUUAUACAGGGUGGUGCGCCCGCGCGCCCGCGAUGUGCUCCGGAAAAGUUUAUGAACUUCGCGUUGAUGAUCAUCGAUCGUAAUCUGUGCCGCUUGAUCUGUGUCGCGUAAUUUUCCGAUGAUUUAUGCAAUCUGAUCAACCGCGCAAUACUAAUAAAUCAUAUCCUACGUGUCCAUCUAGCUUUUUGUAGACUGACAAAACGCGUAGGAGCACUCGAGUCGCUUCAAGGCCAUAAAAUCCUCCAUUAAAAAUGAGGACCGAUCAGCUUGGACUUCUUCUUUGGAAGAAUUAUAUCGUUCGGAAGCGACAGCCAGGAAUUCUGGCUCUAGUCUUCUUUUGGCCGAUAGUGGUUUUCUUGAUUCUCUAUACGGUGCGUGAUAAUAUAGAUCCAGAAUAUCACCCAACAUGUCAGUUUCCCGCAAGAUCGAUGCCGCAAGACGGGCUUCUGCCAUUUGUGCAAAGUUACAUAUGCAGCGUUGGAAAUCCCUGCGACCCGCUGUCGGAAUACGAAGAGGUGCCUUCGUACAAAAACGCCACUUUAGGCCCUUUAAUCACGGAACUCCAACCGAUGCUCAAUAACAAAACGAUUAUCUCCGCUGUGGAAACAUUGCCGCAGAGUAUUCAACUAUUGAAGUCAAUGGCACAGAUACUCACCAAGCCGGAAAUCAAGGCGCUUUUCGAUAAAGGAAUCCGUUUGGGCGAUUUGUUCAACAAUCACGAGCAGAUUAAAACCGUACUGAGAUCUCAUAUGCCGGGAGCGAGGGAGGGUUUGAUCGACGGUUUAUUCGAGUCAUCCGUGAAAUUAAUAUACUUAAUUCAAACUUUUGGUUCGUCCAACAUCGACGGCGUCGUUUGCUCGGCGGAAAACUUAAAGAAUUACUUGAUUUUACCUAAAGAGGAGGAUUUUGCGGAAAUCUCGAAUAUUCUUUGCAACAUCGACCCGUUAGCGAUUCCUGAUAUUUUGGAGAAUGUUUCCAAACACCUGGACUUUACUGGUUUACUGGAGAUGGUCGAUCGCGCGAUGGCAAAAUUUCGCCAUUACGAUUUCUUUCAGGAUCUCAAACGAGCAAUAGAAACCAUUCUCGAUUUGAAAACGUCUAAGAAAUACAUACCCGAGUACUUGAGAAUCCGUGAAUGGCUGCCGAAAAUAAUUCUGACCUUUCAUAAUGUAACUUUCAAGGAAAUCGAUCUGGGCUUCAUCAACAAAGCCAUUGCGAUUCUCGAUCCCAUAUUUGCGUACGAACGAGACUGGCCGAUCGCCCGAAGUGGAUUUUUGAAAUUAAACAGACUCCUGAAGUUGCUAAAGGAAUUUGUGCAUCAAAAAAUCAAUUCCACGGAAGACGAUAUCUUCAGUAUGAUGGAUCGGUUGCAUGGGACAAUAUCGACUUUCUCCGAAAAUUCCGAAAAUAAUGAAAAUAUCACGCAGAUAUUGGACCUGUCUUUCCUGAUUUUACAGGACGGUAUCAAACUCACUAACAAGCUGCUGGAUCGCAACGUAGAUGAUUUUGAAUUAGCCGCUGAAGUUUUCGAUGGACUCAGAAAUUUCUUUUCCACUAACUUAGUAAAUUCAGCUACAUACUUGGUAUCGUUAGCGGACAAUAUUGUGCAAAUGACUCAUCACGUUGCUGUUCUUCAUGAAGAAAUUUUGAAAAGAUUUUAUGAGAUUUUUAUAAAGCAUCAUAAUUUAGUCCAAACGAUACUGACAAAUCUUCAACCUACUAUAUAUAAAACGAUUAUUCGAUCCUUCUCUCGAUUAGACUUUGUAGAGGAUGUGAUAAAUGAUUUAAGAAAAGCAGAAGCUAAAGAAGUGUUCUGUCAAGAAAAUACGACGAGAGAAAUAUUUGAAAAUUAUACUGAGCUUUCAGGCAAAUCCAAUGAAAUUAAUAAAUUAUUUUGCGAAGAUGAUGGAAAGCAAUUCAUUACUGAUAUUUAUAACAGUUUCGAGUUCGACAAAUUUGGAAGAAUCGUGAGCAAUACUUUAUCAACCAUGGUUUCUAUGGCGUUUAAACAACCAGUCAAAAUCGAAAAUUCAAAUUUAACAUCCGUUGUGAGGAAUGUCAAAAAAUUUAUGACUUAUCUAAAUACGCGAAAGACAAAAUAUUUGAAUUGGAGGAUUUUCCAAAUUAGUGAUGAUUGGAAAAAAACUUUCGAUGAGACACAGCUUCAAGGAAGAUUAGACAUCUUGGGAAUUCACUUGAGCAUAGCAAAAUCGCUAGGUCUUCAUAGUUUAUCGUAUAUGUCUAUCAAGCCAGAUCUGGAAAAUAUGGAUUUCUUAGCUGAAAUAAUUUUACAAGAUCUACGAACUAACCCUACUAACUGGAUUGGAGAAGUUCGCCGACACGCAGCUGAAUUAAUCGAAUCGUUUUACCUUACCGUCACGGAUAAAAACAAGACAUUACAGAUUCUGGAGUAUUCUAAUUUCACACAAACGUACUGCAUAGAUCCGAAUCCGCCGGAUUUGCUAAAUUUUCCUAAGGAAUCGAAUAGUACGGUUCUGAAGGAACUGGUAUGCUAUCUAUCUAAAUCUGUGCAAAGGAAUCUGGAAUUGAACGUGACCAACAUCGAAAUCGAGGAAGCUACCUACAGACGGAGGGAGUUUAAUUGGACGGCCUUCAACGAGAAGACAAUCGAGAUUUACCAAUACGUCGAUACCCUGGUGCAUCAGGAGGAUCAGAAUUACGAUUCUAAGAAAUUGGAGAAACUGAAGCAGAACUUCCAGAUCUCAUGGACGACGGAAGGAACAGCCAAAGAUACCUGGGAAAUUAGCGUAGGUUUAAUCUGCAAGGUCUUUGACGUGAUGGAGAGUCCAUUGUUCGGAAUCCAAACUAAAAAUUGGAAGAACAUUUACGGGCUUGCGUGGGCAACCUCGGUGAUUUUCGACAAUCUCGAGAAAAUUAUCGAUCAGAUCCAGAAGAACAAUCACGUGGCGAGACUUUCCGAGGUGCUGCAGGAAAUGCCACAAACCGAGAUACUUGUGAGCACGUUCUUAAGAAAUUUAUCUCCAGUCAUUCUCGACAUAGUCGACAUGAUAACUCUGAGGCCGGUACCUCUUAUAUCGGCAAUUGAUGAUUACAAAGAACGCGAGCUGAUGUGGCCCUGCAUCAUGAACGAAAGUAUUGGCUCUGCGUUAGAAUUAAGAAAUGGAAGUCAGGAAGUUGUUAGAGAGAUCGAAAGAAUUGCUUGUAAUCCAGGUCUCUUUAUUAAAGAGUGGAGGGAGCAGCCGGUGCUAAUGAGAGUUCGAAAAAUUUUCGAGCAUGAUGAAAAUGUAGAUUUACCAUCGUUUAAUUGGACUUUGGGUUACACGAAAUUUCGACGAUUAGUGACGAAAUUUGACAAUCUGAUAAACGACGCUAAAGAUGUCGUUAUUGCGGAAGAACCAAAAUUAACGAAAUAUUUAAAGACACUCGCAACAGAAUCAGAUGACAUUAUUGAGGAAAGAUUACCUAGCAUGAAAAAUGAUUGGAGAAAUACUUUGGAUCAUAUUGAUUUAGAGAUCGACAAAGCAAUCAAAUCUUUUGGCAGCGAUUAUUCUGCAAGUGGAGUUUGGCAACCAUCAGUCAACGAUACUGAUCGUAUUCUCAUUCUUUUAAAGUAUUUUUCUAAUGUCAUUCAUAAAAGCGCACGUAUCGUGACUAAUAUAUUAAAAGAUGGCACCGGGAAAAUUAGUUUAUUAUCCUUGUUAGGUUUCGAUAAUACAUCUCCUAUUACUAUUUUCUACAACCAAUUGCCUUACAUCCUCUCGACGUUAGUGAACGGGCUAUCCAAUCCUACAGUAGACGAUCAAAUUAUCACAGCAUUGAAAAAUAACGUUGCAAUUACGUGUUCAAUGAUGUUCGAUUGGCUGUCAGAUGAAAAAGUUGGUCUGAGUGUCGAAGAAUAUAGGACCUUGAAAAAUUUUACUUGUGAUCUCGAUCCUGAGAACUUUAAUGUCUACACGGAUCUCUAUAUGGCGGAAAUAACGAUCUGGAAGAAACCCGUCAAUAAGUAUCGAUCUUACGUAGCUUCGAUGAUUGGCGAUUUGUACGAUCUUGUGAAAACUAUCGGCCGUACGGUGAAAAAUAAUGUCGUCAUCGAAAAGCCGUUUUCGAAAAAAUAUUCGGAGCAUGUAUUCCAGAUGCUGAGAGAGAGUCUCGAGAUCAAAAGUGACGAGAGCACUUUGCAUAAGGAGGUGACAUUAGAUCAAAACUGGACGACUUACAGAUUAAUUAUGGAGGGUAUGUCGGAGAUUAUAAUGCACAUUGGCAACGUGUUGAAGAACGCCAAAACACAUGACUACAAAUUAGAAAUUUGGGAAUUGGAGAACGGCGACAUGCGUCAAAUGUUAAAGAUUUUGGAAGCUCAUCCGGAAGAGACUAUCGCUCUAAUUGCCACCCUUAGCACAUUUAACGACACGAUCGGCUGGUUUAUGAAUUACAAGGAUGUCAGAAAGAUUAUGUGCACCCAUUAUUUCAACUCUGAUUAUUGGUCCACAGCAAACAGGAUACAUUUUCUACGGGAAGUGUGCUCGUUCGAUCCCCAUCAGCUGCUGAGGGCUGUCACGAGCGACGAAUACUAUGACGUUGUCACUGGUCGGACAAUUACCCUUUCGAGAACAACGCCGUUAACUAUGUCGUUAAUAACACUGUUGGAUAUUAUUUCGAAUUUUACACACACAUCACCAGGGGUAAGUCUCAGAUCGAAUAUCCUCAACGCGACGACGUGGGAGAAUCUGUCAAACGAAACCUGGGCCUUGAUCCUGAAAGCUGAAAAAUCUUGGAUCUUUAAUUAUCGAAAGUUUGCAUAUAUUUUUAAACUCGAAGAGAUGACAUACGAGUCCCUCAUUGGGUCCAGGAGAUUAUUUCAGGUUCUAGAAUCCGUGAGCAAUCUCAUCUCGGGCGGAGAUGUCUGGCAGAAACUGCGAGUCAUGUAUGAGAAUUCAAAGCUAAAAUCGAUAUUAACACUCGCGGAAGAUAUGCCUAAUCUUGUUAUCACCGCUGUCGACACCUUCGUCUCGUCCGAGAGGCUGGAUGAUUUUAUACAGAAGCUACUCCUUGGUCAGGUGUAUCCUUGCGAUAUCGAUCGAUAUUUGAUUCCACCUAAUUACAUAAGGAAGAAAGGCUUGCUGGCCAGCCUUACGAGUUUCUGUCAUCAGAAGGAUAACAAGCCGAAUACUUGGACAGACCUGUUGCCUUUUGAGGGACAAUACAACGAUAGCUCCAUGUCUGAUAGGGCUGAAAUACCAGGCUCCGUUUACGAAACGCAAGUGAUGCAAAGGGUACAAAGCUUUCAGACUAGUUUAAUUCGCUUUUCGCACGAAGGCUUCAAGCAGCUGAAAAUUCCUGCGUGGUGGACGUCGUUCGAAGAGGGUACUCUAAAAGAUUUCGUCGCGCAGUAUAAGAAGAAGGACACGAAAGCUCUGGCAUAUUCCAUGAUAAAGAAGACAAUAUCGAUUUUCAGAAACUUUUUUGAAUCUCGAUAUAAUGUUGCAAAUUGUACGUGGUGCAUUACGCUUCCAAUGGAGAUUUUAAAUUCUCAAUUGAUCUAUCAUAGUCAAUACUCAAAAUUACUCUGCCAAAUGAAUCGAUUAAAUAUAUCAGAAGUGCAUAACAUUUUGAUGAAUGAUUUUAACUGGAAUAAAACAGGCAGUAUGCUCAAAAGUUAUAAAUAUCUCAGUACCAAGAAGACGCUAAAUGAGUUUUUGGAUACAUUCGAAAUUACCUUGCAUUACAUCGCCGAUAUUAUAAUCGAUUUUCAAAACGAGACAUACAGUAAUCAAGUGAACGAUUGUUUCUACAAAUUUGUCGGCGGUCCUACGUAUUCUAGGCCAGGAUUAUACAUUACAUUCCUUCUGAGCGUACUGGACAUGUUGGAAAAGAACGUUUACAUCGUGGAUUCGGCGACCGUCCACGAGAACAUCAACAAUUUAACCAGAUUGGCCGAGGAACACGUGCCUAUUUGGAAGCCGUUGCGCGAGGUGGUGAAGAAGUCCGACCUCGCCGACAUCGACGCCGCGUUACCAAACGCCACGAUCAACGUGAACGCGAUUCUAAACAAGCUGAACACGAGUUUGUGCAAGACGAAAGCCGACUGCCGAAACGAGACGGUUCUAUAUACUUUCCUCAGCUCGAAGAGAGCGGCUAAGGUUUUCCGAUACGAUCCAAGAGCAUCCAAAUAUCCGUCGGUAGCCGACAUUUCGAGCCGACUGGCUCGCAGUCUGGACUUGGAGCUCAUAGGUCGGCAGAUGUCUUUCUGGCGCACAGAUGCUUCCUGGAAUCUCUUCUGGCUCAAGGAGAUCUUGAUUCAUCUGUCCUCGAUUCUCGCGGAGGGCGGAAGUCUGCUGGACGUCGCUAGUAAAAUAGAUCUCGACGAUGUCACCAACGUUCUCGGAGUCUCCGAUAUUGCCGAGGGCAUCGUUCAUAUAUUAAAGGAUAAAACUAUCGACAAAUUAUUUGACGGAAUGAAAGAACUCCUUGAGGAUGUGGAACCGUUCAUAGAUGAUCAGGAAAUAAUCGACGAUUUACAUACAAUAAUUGAAACAUUGGAGUCAAUGGAGAUUUUCAAAAACUUGGGAUUAUUGGAUAUGAAGUACGUCGUCAAAGAAAUGUUCGAUAACUGGGAUGUCGUGCGAAUAUAUUUGAUUGAUAAAAUUGGUAUCAGUAACGAGAUCGCUCUCACCUUGGGCGAAGCCAAGAUAGACAUGAUUUCAGUAUUCAUGAAGGAACGUGGUGUCAUUAGCUUGAAAGAUACUAUUUGCUCACCCGAGAAACUCGGUGAUAUGUUACACUUUGAUAACAAUCUUGUGACUGCCGAAGAAGUUAGCUCCGCGCUUUGCCAAUUAGAAGACUCUCAGACGCAAAAUAUCACUAUCACGUUGAUGAAGAAUUUAAAUUUCGAAUAUAUUUUCAAAAACUUAAUGAGCGCUAAUGUGAAAAGUAUAUUGGCUAACGCUAAUUUAACCGAAGCCGAAGGGAAAGUUAUAUUGGACAAUCUUGGCGUCGCCGCGGAACUAUUUCCACUUUUCAAAGACAGACUAUCAGGGAAUUUUUCUUUUGGAGUUGAAACAGAAAACCUUGAUGAAGAAAAUUUAUCCAACUCCCAAUUUCUGAAGGAUUCGAGUGAAAUGCUUUGUGGUAAACAAUUGAUUCAAGAUAACGGGCAAAUUUACAAAAUUAUAUCCAGUUUGGAGGAUAGUAACACGGCGUUCGAUCAAAAGGAACUCGAGUCUUUGCCAAGUAUCUGCAGAGAAACGUAUAAAACUGUACUCGCCAUACCUGGCGGAAAGAUCGUCUGGUCGUACUUUAAACCUCUAUUACGCGGUCAGAUUCUUUACGCACCUAAUACUACAGUGAUCUCCGAGGUCAUGGCUUUGGCGAACGAAACUUUCGUGCAGAUGGAACACUUCAGUGUGCUGAUGAAUAGUGUCGAGAAGACUCUCAAGUCUCUGGCCAAUCUCACAGAUAUGAGCGAUACUUUGAAGGAACUGCAGAGUAUAAUGUCUUCCGACGUUAUGAAAGUAGCAAUCAAGUCGAUGAGUGGCGGUAAUUUCGAAGGCGACUUUUCCGAAUUGAACCUCAGCGAAAUCGCAUGGCGGUUAAAAAAAUCGAAUAAAUUAAUUUCGAUGAUUGGGAUGCUGAACGACAUGAUGGGAUGCGUGUUGGUAAAUAGAACGAUAGGAUUCUCCACGGAAGAGGAACUGGAGGAAGCGGCCAGUCGUUUGACUGAUACGAAUGAGUUUCUGGCAGGAGUGAUCUUUCUGAACGACGCUUCCUCGAAUCGGAUGAAGAGAUCUCUAGAUCACGAAUUACCAAACAAUAUUACCUAUAAGAUUCGAAUGGACGUAGAUUACGUGCCGUCCACCAGGCGAUUGAAGAAUCAAUUUUGGAUUCCCGGACCAGAAAGCAGUUUCAUUGAGCAUCUCAGGUAUCUUCGAGGUUUCAUUCAACUUCAGGACUCCAUCGAUCGCGCGAUUGUGAAGACGAAAGCACGAAGGGAUCUCGAUUGGAAGACAGUUACACAACAGAUGCCAUAUCCGUGUUACAAACACGCACCAUUUCAAACAACGCUUUAUGAGUCUCAAGGAUUGCAAGUAUGCUUCUUCUUCGCAUUAAUGAUGUGUGUUGGAUCAGCCGUCAGGCAUAUCGUUUGGGAAAGAGAAUCGCAAAAUUCUAUGGUAAUGAGCGUAAUGGGAUUGAAGCCAUGGCGAAAUACCUUGGCUUGGUUCAUCACGUCUUACGCAGAGCUAUCGAUUGUGAUGAUUUGCAUUUCCUUGAUUUUACUGGCUGGAAAAAUCCUUCCGCGAUCGGAUCCUCUCAUAGUGCUUAUUUUACUUUUCGAUUACAUCUUUUCUGUAGUGACUUUUUGCUAUAUGAUCUCGACGAUGUUUAGCUCCGCCAGUCUCGCCGCUGUUACUACAGUCGUCAUGUUCCUAUUAACUUAUAUGCCAUACAUUAUUGUUAUCGCCAUGGAGGCUGUAUUCGGACUCGGAUUCAAACUUUUCAUUUGCCUGAGCAUGUCAACCAGCUUCUGCUACGGAUGCCUGUACGCAGUGCGAAAGGAAGUUCAAAGCAUCGGUCUCACUUGGGCGAAUUUGUGGGAGGAAUCGAGUCCUGGUGAUCCGAUGUCUCUGGGAUUGUUGUUGAUAAUCAUCGCUUUCGACGGUUGUCUGUACGCCGUGAUUGGCUAUCUCAUCGCUAGAUAUACUGAUUCAGGUAGGGGCUUUCACGGUUUGAGAUCCCGUAGCUUAUGGUGGGCCGACACGCGCUCUCUCUAUGGCAGGCCGAGCUACCUCACCUUCGUCAACAACCUCUAUUUCACUAACGACGUUCUCCAUUCCUCAGCCACUUACCAAGAUGACGAGAGCGAUUUUAGCAGCUUGACAGUCACGGAGAAGCAAAUCGGCGUCAAGUUUGAGAACGUUCGAAAAGUCUAUCGGACUGAACAGGGUGACGUCGUCGCCGUGGAUGACUUCACUUUGAAACUCUGCGAGGGUGAAGUAACAAGUCUGCUUGGCAGAAACGGCGCAGGAAAGACUACUAUUAUCAAGAUGCUAACGGGAAUGGUGGCUCCGACCAACGGCGAAAUUUGCUUAAACGGCGAGAAGAAUUGCAAGCCCGAUAUAGGGGUGUGUCCUCAAGAUAACGUACUCAUCGGGACUCUGACGCCGAAGGAGCACAUGAUAUUUUACUGGAAACUUAAGAGGCCUAACAAUAAUAUCGAUAUGGAGAAAUAUGUUAACGAAAUGCUGGUUUCCUUGGAACUCGGACGGCAAGAACACGAGCCUGUAUCACGUUUGUCAGGCGGUACACGACGCAGACUUUGCGUGGCUUUGGCCUUCCUCGGUUCACCACGAUUGGUGAUUCUGGAUGAACCUGGUGCCGGAGUGGAUCCCGCUGCUCGACGGCGGAUUUGGCGAUUGAUCGAUCAACACAGAGUCGGCAGGACCGUGCUCCUCUCGACUCACCAUUUGGACGAGGCUGACAUGUUGAGCGAUACGGUCGUGGUGAUGCAUAAAGGGAAAAUUCUGUGCACCGGUUCGCCACUCUCCUUGAAAAUGACGCAUGGCAGGGGGUAUAGAUUGAACGUAGCUUUCUCGCUCGAACACUAUGCCAACGGAGAGGCGGGGAUAGGGGGGAUAGGAGAAACGACAAUCGAUAAAAAGAAUCUGAAGGCUCUUCGUACCGUCGUCGAGGAAAUCAUACCGAAUCCCGUGAUAAACGAAGACUCAGAAUCAGAAGUCACCAUCGCAUUGCCUUUCCAAGGAAAAAAUGGCAUCAACAAUGACAUCGCGCAAGUGGCGAAGGCGCUGGAAGACAACCGUAAGCUCUUGGGAUUCUCGCACUUCUCAUUGGAGUGCGACACUCUGGAAAGAGUCUUCUUGGAUCUUUGCGCGCGUGCAGACAACGGAUCGAGCAUUAUCAGAGCGAGUCAAGAUAGCGUCAUUAAUGUGGAGCACGUCGAAGUUUCCGCACCAGAUGACACUCUCGAUUUAAUUACCGAGACAGUAUUGAAGCCUUCGCCAAUUCGACAAAUGAAAGCCAUGAUAAAAAAAAGGCUAUGGCAUUUCGCGAGAGACUGGAGAGCGCCGUUGGCCGCGCUCGUUUUGCCGACUAUGUUCGUUGCAGUUGCCAUGGGAUUUUCUCUAAUACGUCCACCGUCUGAGAACGAACCACCUCUGGAUUUAACUCCCAAACUUUAUGACACUCAUCCGACUUACUUUUAUAGUAUUGAUAGUAACGAUCCGUUCCUACAACACGUAUCUAUGCAGCUGCACGAUCGUUUCGGGGAUGAUUAUGCUGGCGCAUGGCAAACGUUACCUAAUGAUACUGGAACUUGCGAAUGUCUGGAUGGUCAACAAACUUGUCGAGGCGUCUCGAAAGCUGUCGAAGGUCUUCUUCAAACAUUACCUGGCCGACCUACUCUGGACUGGAUAGUUUCAACGCAUCAGGAGUACAUAGAGAAACGAUACGGCGGUUGGUCUCUGACACAUUUCAAGGAGGAUCCUCUUUUUAUCGUUUGGUACAAUAACAAGGGCCACCAUUCGCUGCCGGCGUACCUGAAUGCCCUCAACGAGGCGAUCCUACGAGCGUCCGGAGUGCAAGGACACUUAACUACCCUCAAUCACCCCUUGAAGCUGUCGAGCGAUCAGCUGAAUCGAACCACAUUAUUGCAGCAUGUGGCGGACGUUGGCGUAGCGUUGGUACUGUUGAUAGCUUUCAGUCUGGUUGGAGCUCAAGGAACAAAGGAAAUAGUCAGAGAACGAUUGUCAGAAGAGAAGAGAAUACUCUAUUUAGCUGGAGUUCAUCCCGUCACGUAUUGGACGACAAUUUUAAUUUGGGAUUUCAUAGUAUUUGCUUGCGCUACUUGCCUAGCGAUCAUUGUUUUCGAGAUCUUUGGUUUGUCAGCUUACGUUGCGAGAGAUAAUCUGGCCGGUGUCUGUCUUUUAUUAAUUUUAUUCGCAUGGGCGGCUAUACCGUUUUCACAUCUAGCUGAAAAAGCGUUCGACGAUUCAAGCCUGUCCAAUAUGGUGCUCUUCUGCGUAAACACCUUCAUAGGCGUGGCCUCUCUGGCGACUAUUUUAGUUCUCGACAUUCUUGGCAGGAGUAAAACGGCCGAAAAUGUGAGAAACAUUCUGCAUUACGUUCUAAUGAUCUUCCCGCAAUACACCCUCGGCGACGGAUUGGUCGAGAUAACGAGGAACGACAUCACCUCCGAACUGUUGCAAAGAUUUCACAUGGACACUUACAAGUCUCCGCUCGGCUGGGAUCUUCUCGGUAUUCAUUAUAUUUUCUUGUUUGUGAUCGGUGAGAUUUUAUUUGUGCUGAAUUUAGUGAUCGAGUGUCGUGUCUUGCCCGAUCUGAGAAAACGGAAAAUCAUCAGUUACGAAACCGUGCAAGAAGAUGAAGAUGUUGCCAGAGAGAGACUCAGAGUCGAGGCUGGAAUGGUCGACGAUACCCUGAAGACCAUGAAAUUGAGGAAGGAAUACAGAAGUGUGUACGGGACGAACGUCGCUGUGCAAAAUUUAAGUUUUGGCGUACAGGCAGGAAAGUGUUUCGGUCUCUUGGGAGUGAACGGGGCGGGAAAAAGCACGACGUUCAAGAUGCUGACAACUGAAAUCAUUCCUACGGCCGGAAAGAUUAUUCUAAAAGGAAAAGAGAUUGGCGUUGGACCUUUGUGCAACGGUGAAGUUGGCUAUUGUCCUCAGAGCGACGCCCUGGACGGAUUUCUUACGCCCCACCAGUGUUUAACGAUUCACGGCGAAGUUUGCGGGUUAAACAACGUUCCUAGGGCUGUGGAGACAAUGCUGAAGAGAUUCGAUCUACUCAAGUAUGCUCAUCGAAGGAUCGCUGGUCUCAGCGGCGGUAACAAAAGGAAGCUAUGUGCCGCGAUAAGCGUCAUGGCACCUGCUGCCAUUGUUCUCAUGGAUGAACCCACAAGCGGAAUGGAUCCCGCCACGAAGAACCUCGUGGCCAGAGCCGUGAGAAACAUAACGAAGAAUCAGGGAUGCGUCAUAUUAACCUCGCAUAGCGUCGCCGAAUGCGAGAACCUUUGCACGAGGGUGGGCAUCCUCGCCAGAGCCGGUCUCAGGUGUAUAGGAACGCCGCAGCAUUUGAAGCACAAAUUCGGCGAGGGAUACGUCGCCUUCCUGAGAUUCGGCCAGCCAGUUUCCGCCACGGAUCUUAGGAAGGUUAUCCUGAAAUAUCUACCACAGGCGAUGAUCUCGUCGAGGCAAGCAACGGCUGCUCGGCUCUUGCUACCACGAAGCCAGGACAUGGCGCUCAGCGUGAGCUUCAGCAUGCUGAAGCUCUUGGCGGAGGAGCUUAAGGCCACGGACUACACACUCACACAAAGCUCGCUGGAUCAGGUUCUGGUGACUUUCUCGGAGGAACUGGACGACGAGGCCGUCGACGUGGCUGUCUUCGGGCAAGGCAGCAGGAACAACGUGCCCAAUAUGUACUCCAGCAUGGACACCAUCCACAUGGACACGUUUUGAAUGUGUGCCGUUUAAUUAGGCUAAGCUCCUAAAGGACUUUCGCUAGACUCGUAAUUAACUCAAGUUUUACGCUUCACUGCGAGUGAAGCUUCUCCUGUCUUCAUUUCGCUCAUACGACGCGCAUUUUCGUGGCGAUUACUGUGAUAGUUUGUCUUUACGCUACGACGAAACGCGCGAUUUGUAAGAGCUUAGAAAAAAA